ACGGAGUUACCAAAGAAGGCCGCUCAAAAUUAAAUUGGCCAACCGUCAUCUUCUUCAAUCGAAUCUUAGACUAACGAACCCACCCAUUUUCGCGUCAAAUCAAACCAAAAAAAAACUUUCUCCUCUCUACUUCACUUCCUCCAAUGGAGUCUUCUGCAGCUCUCGGAUCUCUCCAUCAGACUUUAGGGUCCGCCAUAAAAUCAGAGAGUAAGGUUCACUCGCUUUCUGGGAACUGGUCUUCCUCUGGUAACUCUUGUGUGCCACGGUGGAGAUUAUUCAACAGGAACAGCAAUUUCACGCUUGUGUUACGUGCAGAGGCCUCUAAAUCUUCGACAACAACCAAAAGCGAUGAUUCAUCUGAUGCUUGUGUGUCUAACGGGAAGAAUACUGUUCGACGGACAACUUUCCCAAAAGAAGUGGAGGCACUGGUUCACGAGAUGUGUGAUGAGACUGAGGUUGCAGUGCUGAAACUUAAGGUUGGAGAUUUCGAGAUGAACCUAAAGCGGAAGAUUGGAGAGACCGCAAACCCUAUUCCCGUGGCUGACAUUUCUCCAACAAUAGCGCCUCCUAUUCCUUCUGAACCCAUGAAUAAAUCUGUUUCUGCUGCUCCUAGCCCAUCUAAAGCAAAACCUGCCUCUGAAAAAGUGUCUCCAUUUAUGAAUGUAUCCUAUCGGAAAUCAUCAAAGUUGUCUGCUUUGGAGGCAUCUGGAACUAACAAUUAUGUUCUAGUCACAUCUCCCUCAGUGGGUAAGUUUCAGAGGAGCAGAACCGUAAAAGGAAAGAAACAACCUCCUAGCUGCAAAGAGGGUGAUGCAAUAAAGGAAGGCCAAGUUAUUGGAUACCUACAUCAGUUAGGAACAGAACUUCCAGUUAAGUCGGAUGUAGCUGGCGAGGUCCUCAAGCUUCUUUCAGAUGAUGGAGACACCGUAGGUUAUGGGGAGCCUCUCGUUGCGGUCUUGCCAUCGUUCCAUGAUAUCAACAUCCAUUGAUGAUUGGUGGUUUCUUGAGCCCCCAAUUCCACAGCAAAUUAAUAAUCAUCUUCUCAUUCCCGAGAGAUUGUACUAUUCAUCUUCUCUUAUCUUUCUUUUGAGGAGAAUGUAGUUCGGUUGAUUGCAAAGACAAAGAGGUUUGAGAAUCUAUUUUGAUUUCAUCAUUUGUAUGGAGAAUGUGAUCAGUUAAUUGCUGAACUUUGGAACGUAAACUUUAUCGGAUUGGGGUUCGUCUUUUAUAUGGAUUUUCACCUCCAGAAAAAA